AUAAUAUCAAAUUAGGAAUAUGGCUAAAACUAUUUCAUCAGGAAUGAAAGUUAUGCUUUUCCACCUCAUUUUACUCUCGCUUGUGGGAGUUGUCUUCUCAGCAAAUUCUACGGAAUCUACUGACCUUAAUUCUAUCAAAGCUUCCAAAGAAGUAUCUGUUUCAGGAGUCUCCUCUGGAGGAGCCAUGGCUGGACAGAUGAUUGUUGCAUACUCGAGUAAGAUCAAAGGAGCAGGAAUUUUUGCAGCUCCUCCUUACUUCUGUACCAAAGGCGCAGCUAUCUCAGUGAUUGAUUGCAUGACAACUGGUGUCUCUGUGUUCUCAGACCAGCUCGUGCUAGCUGCUAAAGGAUUUGAAAAACUUGGCCAAAUUGACAGUCUCUCAAAUAUGAAGAACAAAAAGAUCUAUAUGUUUUCAGGUAAAAGAGACUCUAUUGUCUGGAGUGGAGUAGUUAAGAAAAACGAAGAAUUCUUCAGGAAACUUGGGGCAAAUAUUGAAACUGAGUAUAGCCUCUCUGCUGAGCAUACUUUCCCAACAGACUUCUUCGGGAAUAGCUGUGGAAAGCUAGGAAAACCUUUCAUUAAUAACUGUGAUUUUAAAGGAUCUAAGCAUGCACUUGAGCAUAUUGUUGGACAAAGCUUGAACCCAAAGGUGGAUUACAAAGAGGAAAACCUCAAGAGCUUUAAUCAGAAGAAAUACCAAAUCGGUUUCAAACAUUCAUUAGAUAAUUCAGGAAUGAUCUAUGUGCCAGAUGGUUGCAAGAAUAAAGCAUGCGAACUCCAUGUUGCUUUCCACGGUUGUGAACAGACAACUAAAGAUAUUGGUCUAGACUACGUUUACGGAACAGGUUUCUUAGGUCUCGCCGAAGCCAAUGAUUUCAUUGUAUUAUUCCCACAAGUCAAGAAGUCUAUUUUUGGAGGAAAUCCACAAGGAUGCUGGGACUGGUGGGGAUACAGUGAAACAAUCCCUACUCCUCUCCAAUGGGUGUUCCCAACCCAGAGUGGAGUGCAGAUGAGAGCUAUCGACAACAUGAUAUCGGACCUUCAAUCUGGAAGCUUUGAAUUGCAUAGUGAAUUUGCUUUCAAAGACAUCCCAAAAUCUUCUUACUAGUUAUCAAAAUAUAAAAGCUACGGCACAAAUAUCGAUUUUCUUUUA